UUCGAAAAUAUUUUAUUUGAACAAAAUACAAAUUUGUCCCCGUUUUUAUUCAAAGAUAGAACACAUUACCUUCUUUUUACUAGAUAAACUUCCUCUUAAUUAUUUUGUCUCGAUAUAAUGUAUAUACUUUACAUAAAAAGUAAAAAAAAGAUGUUAGCUUAAUUUUGAGCAGUUAGCUUAUUUCAUUUGAUACAAAAACCUUAAAUAUGGUUAAAAUACUGUCAUUAUUUUUCGGUAAAGCGCAGUGAAAACUGUACAGGGUUAAAUAGAGGUAAUGUUUGACAGCUCCCCCUCCCUUUUCUGUCUCUCCUCUCCUAGAUCUGUUAUUCUUCGUAUUUUCUCUGAGUCACUGUGUCGGUCGAACCGAACCGGAGCUGUUCAGCAAUUUUUCCUGGUUCUGUCUGGCUCCUGUGGUAAAUACAUGAUGACUCAGGUGGUUCCGAGGCGUGUUGACAUGGCAGCUUUGGUUCCUCCUCCUGCAACACUGACCAGCAGCCGGCAUGCAUCACCUGUUCAGUCACCGUCCAGCCCUACAGGUUCUCAGCUGAAUUUAUUUAAAGAAAGACAAGAGAGCAGACAGAGAACACAAGAGCGGUCGCUGCAGAAUAAGGAGCGGCGCGCGCAGCAGCAACUGGAGCGCUGCGCCGAGGAGCGAGGCAGGAAGAUGGAGCAGCAGAGGAGGAAGGAGCAGCAGCGCCGGGCGGCGGCCCAGGAGAAGAGACGGCAGCAGCAGGACGCAGAAAAGGAGAGGCUGGAGGCCCUGGUGCGCCGGAGAGCCGGGGGCGCCGAGCGACGCGGCGGCGGUGGCUGCGGCGGCGUGGAGGCCUGGGAGCAGCUGGACAACAGGCCCAAACGCUGGACCUGGGGCGGGCCGCCCGACGGAGCCGAAGGUAACCCUCAGACCCCGCCCCGCCAUGCCAUUGGCUCCGCUCAGCCCAAUGAGCUUCCUGCCGCUUCCAGCGCCAGCCAAUCCCGUAACGUAGUUGACUUCUUGUCUCCACCAACGAUGGAUCAGCCAAUCAACAAACAGCUUUCCAGCUCCUCAGCGGCUCUCGACUCCCCAGAGAGAGUGUCCUCUGUGUCCCGUCGAACAGCUUCCCCCAACAACAACAGAUCCUUCAGGAGUUCCUCCAACCGCAGAAGCAUCGCCGGAUUCCCCGAGGAAAAAGCCAAAACACCAACGGGGGAGACACCCAACACUCCAGUCCGUAGUUCUUCCUUUAAGGCCAACAGUAAAGGCCACGCUGCCUCGAAGCGGGUGAGGUCCAAUCGGAGCCGCGCCCAGUCGCCCUGCUCCCCUGGACAGUACCCCCCCUCCCCGCUGCGGCAGAGGGCCCCCACCCCCGGCGGCGACGACAGGGGCAACAACGAGAACAAAGGUCACGGCACUCUGGAGAGGAAAUCUGCCAAAUCUGAAGCUCCAGACAACAAGAAGCUCAGCAAAUCCAGCAGCAGAGAGCUGAACGCAGAGUCACCAGGCACGCCCAGCGGCCGCAGCGUUGGCGGGACCACGGAUGCCGAGGAGGCGUCCCGGCUGCUGGCGGAGCGACGGCGUCUGGCCCGGAUCCAGAAGGAGCAGGAGGAGAGGCAGCGGCAGGAGGAGGAGAGGCUGAAGGCGGAGGAGGAGCAGAGGAGGCAGGAGGAGGCCAGGGAGCGCCAGGAGAGAGCGGCACGGGAGGCCGAGGAGGAGAGAGCGAGGAAGGAGGAGGAGAAGAGGAGCAGAGAGGAGGAGGAGAGACGACAGAAGGAGCAGAGAUGGAAGAACAUGCAGGACCAGCUGGACAGAGAGCGGGAGGAGGCCUUCCUGCGCGCGCAGAGGGAGGCUGAGAGGAAGAGGCAGGAGAGGGAGCUGCUGCACAUCCAGGAGGAGCAGGAGAGGCAGCAGAGGAAGAAGAGAAUUGAAGAGAUUAUGAAGAGGACGAGGAAGAGCGAAGUGGAUCCUCCAUCUGGAGCAUCAGCGUGUGAUGCUAAAGCUGAAGCUGUUGGCGCCUCAGAGGAAGACGCUCCGACUCCGGCUGAAGCCCCCGUCAUCAUGCUGGGCCCCCUGGAGAAUAAAAGCUUUGUGGACGAGCUUUCUGAUGGAGUCCAGUCCAUGGAUGUCAGUUCUCCAUCUGUCUCCAUCAGCCCCGUCUCCAGGGACGAGCAGGCCAGCGCUCAGGAGUUCUCCCCGGUGGCCGAGGGGCCCGACGGCUACCCGCCCGACCCGCCCAUGGACCUGGACGCCCCGGGGCGGGGACGCCCUGGAGCCGACACGCCGCCGUACCCCAGGCUGCAGGCCGGCAGCGGGGUGGGAGACCUCAACAAGAACCUGCUGAUCCAGGCGUACAGCGCCGCCUCUGAGUCCGCGCAGCUCAUCCACAGCGUCGGCCCGAGCAAACUGGACGUUUAACACCGGAGCUACAACAGGAGCAACCACAGCCACCUCCCUCUGCAGCAGUAGUCAUCCUUCCCACCAGAAACAAAGUUUAGCAUCUGAUCUUUCAUCCGUGUUUCCGAACCGCACCGGAGGCAGCGCAGACGGGGAAGUCCAACUCACAGAAACAUGCUAAUGAUGUGAAGUUUAUGUUUCUGACUGAAAACAAACACUCCUGCCUGCUCAGCAACGUAUUUAUGACAUGAACAUGUGAAGGUUCGGGUGUUUAAACUGUAAAAGCUCAUCCAUAAAUCAGGUUCUGAUGAAGCCCGGUUUGCAUCAGCUUCUCCAAACGUUGUAAAUAGAUCCGACUGCAGGACGAUCAGCAGAGUCGCUCCGACGUGUAGCAUCUCCGAGCCGGACUAGCCGGCCGUGUCGUUCCACAAAGUGUCGGUGUUUUCUGACGGUGUUUACCUUCAAACUGCUGGCAGACGCACCCGAGUCUGCAGAGGACGACGGCGACUUUGGGCCUCAGCAGAUGGAGGAAAAAAAGUAAAUUUACACCAAAAAAUCUCUGAAAAUUUCUAGAAAAGACAAGAAAAUGUCUGAGUUUGAAAUGUUAAAAUUUGCUACAAAAAACUUUUAGGUAAAUCAGAAGUUUUCCAGAAAAAUGUGGAAGUUUUUAAAUUCGAAAAGUUGCAAAUCUGCUACAAAAAUCUUGGAAGUUUCAAGGUUUCCAAAGUGAAAACAUUUCAGCUUUUGAAACUCUGAAAUUUCUGUUUCUGCUAAAAAAUAAAAUCUGAGAUUGAUUUAAUUUUUUGUUUGUUUUUUCUUGCAAAUGUUCUAUUUUUCAAACUCAGAAAUAUCCUUGUUUUUUUUCUUUCCAGAAAAUUUCUGAGAUUAUUCUCAAAGUUCCUGAGUUUUUUUGUUGCUUAUUUUUUCAAACUCUAAAAUUUCCAUGUAUUUUUUUGUAGAACUUUUCUGAGAUUAGUCUCAAAAUUUGUGAGUUUUUGGUAGAAAUUUCCUCCUCUUGUUUCUGUCGACGCCGGCCCUGAUUCGCUGCUUCAGGGGAGAAACUCCCAGCAGACGGUCAUAUAGACAUGCUAACACGUAGCCUGUAGCUUUGGUCUCGCUGCUGCUUCUCGUUCCACCUGCAGGGGAAACGGAGGGGAAACAGCUCCGUGUUUCAUGUUUUUUUCUGCAGGAUGAAGAUGUAAAGUGUAAUUGUCUGGCACUGACUGUAACCACACAAGCUGCAGUUUCUGGCGCACGCAGACGGUAGUUACGUUUCACAUCCGCACCUCACCGCCCGUCACCUCUGAGGCCUUUAAACCUCUGUGCAUCAUCUCACUGAUAGUUUCUGCAAUAAUCCAGAAACCAAUAAUCUGAACCUACAACUGACUUUAAUUAUUUACCAGCAGCUCAGACUUUAAAAGAUGGAUAAUUAUGAUGUUUUCUUUAAAAUUCAUUAUUUAUUCCAAAGGGUUUAACAGACUGGGAUGUACAGCUCUGUGCUGGGAGAAAAAACAGCCGUUACUUUUGAAUUUCAGUGCAUUUAUUAACAUUUCUCUCACCUUCGGCUCGUCUUUCUCCAUAAAUUUGCACAUCAUUGAAACCAGUUGGUCCCCAUGUAUAAACAUAAAGGACUUAGCAUUUAUCCUAAUAAUUAAACUCUGUGACACUGCAGCUUGGUGGAAUAUAUCAUUGUAGAUGUGGUGCAUGGAUACUUGCUGAAAAAGAACAAUAAACGUCAUCAAACCAUUUC